CGGGACAGCCGGGGGCAGGAGGGUCAGCGGUGCCUGCGCGGGCGCAGUCCUGCAUCCGGGCUGAGAAUGCGUGCGCAGAUCCUUCCUCUCAAGCGGAAGUUUGCAGGGGGUCACUGAGAAGGACUCGGUUUAGAUGCAGAUUGCAGCCCAGUGAAUCUGAGGGCCAGACCUCGACCCAGUAAAGCAUGAACACCUCCUGUUCAGACUGUGGCAACAGUAUCAAAACAGUAUUCAAAUUCUGCCCGUACUGUGGAAAGCCUUUGUCUAAAGAGGAGCCGGAGGGUUCCCAGACCUCUGUCAAACCGCUCGUGUCAUCCUUCAGAGUGUUCCCUUCACUAGGCUCAAGGAGAGGGGGGAACAGCAGUUCCGAACUCUCUGCCAAGAAAGUGAAAUGGUCCGGCUGUGUCUCUUCUUCUCCAUCGUCCCUCUCCUCAGACCGUGACAGUUCUGGGUCUGAACAUACCUUGAGUCCCCCUGAGAAACCCAAAGGGUCCCCGAAAACACCUCCCACCCGCAAAAGGAACCUGCAGACAACAAAAAGAAGCCCUCAGACAGUGAAGCGGAGCUGGGUGACCACCUUGCUUAAGGCUUUGCCCACAGGGACAGUGCUGACAGACAAGUGUGGACGACACUGGAAGCUGGGAGCCAUUCAGAGCAGAGACGACCAGGGCAUUCUCUAUGAAGCUGAGUCUUUCUCCACCUGUGAGUCCACCGGUGAGUCAAGUGCCCAGAAACAAAGAUUCUCCCUGAAACUGGAUGCCAAGGACGGGCGCUUGUUCAACGAGCAGCACUUCUUCCUGCGGGCUGCCAAGCCUUUGCAAGUGGACAAGUGGAAGAAGCUACAAUCGACCCCCCUACUAGCCAUCCCCACCUGUGUCGGUUUUGGCAUUCAUGAGGACGGGUACAGGUUCUUGGUGUUCCCCAUGCUGGGGAGGAGCCUGCAGUCGGCCCUGGAUGGCAGCCUGCAGCACACAAUACCCGUGCUGUCUGUGUUCCAGCUGGCCUACCGGCUGCUGGAUGCCCUGGAGUUCCUCCACGAGAACGAGUAUGUUCACGGAAAUGUGACAGCUGACAAUAUCUUUGUGAACCCAGAGGACCUGAGCCAGGUGACCCUGGCAGGCUACGGCUUCGCCUUCCGCUACUCCCCAGGUGGCAGACACGUGGCCUGUGUGGAAGGCAGCAGGAGCCCCCACGAGGGGGACCUGGAGCUCAUGAGCAUGGACGUGCACAAGGGAUGCGGGCCCUUCCGCCGCAGUGACCUCCAGUCCCUGGGCUACUGUUUGCUGAAGUGGAUCUACGGGACCCUGCCAUGGACGAAAUGCCUGCCCGACAUCGAGGCCAUCAUGAAGCUGAAACAGAAGUUCCUUGACAAUCCGGAGGCCCUGGUGAGACAGUACAGUCGCCGGAUGAGUCCCUCAGAGGCCCCGCAGGAGUACCUGCAGGAGUACCUGAAGAUGGUGAUGGCCCUCCAGUACGACCAGAAGCCGCCCUACGUCGUGCUGAGGACCAAACUGGAUGCCCUGCUGCAGAAGCUGCGGGUGUCGGCCUACGGGCCCAUAGACCUCCACAUAGCGCCGUAGAACUUUCAAGUCCCAGUUGAAGUAGAAAAAAAAGAGAAGAACUGUGACUCCAGGCCUGCUGUAGACAUGCUUCUAGAAAGAUCCCUCAAAUGUGCAUUCCUGCCGCUGCUUUCAGAGACGCUGCCUGUCAGUUUCGGUUAGCGUCAGGGCACCUGGCAGCUGGGCCCCAGGCGAUGUGAGCAGCCUCCCGCCCAACUGUCCCACCUUUCAGCCGGUGUCUCCCAGCAGCCGCUGGGUCGUGAACAGAGAAGACCCCCAACUCACGGCCCCUCAGGGAGACCCUUCCUGCCACUGGCACCACUAUGCUUUGGUAAUAAAUUGUUUCACUGGA